UCCAUUUCCCCUUCUCUUCACCUUCCCCUUCCUAAACUACUCUCACAGAAAACAGAGCAUCAACCAGAAGCUUACCCUGUAAAAUUUCACCGUCGCCUCGCCGGAAUUUCAGUUCUAAGACCUUAAAAAUGUCGAAAGAGGUGAUGGAAGAAGGACAAUCCGGCCUGAGAAAGGACUAUGUCGACCCACCGCCGGCCCCGCUCAUCGACGUCGCCGAACUCUCCCUCUGGUCCUUUUACAGAGCACUAAUCGCCGAGUUCAUCGCCACUCUCCUCUUCCUCUACGUCACGAUCGCCACCGUCAUCGGCAACAACAAACAGACCAAGGUUUGCGACGGCGUCGGAAUCCUCGGAAUCGCUUGGUCCUUCGGCGGCAUGAUCUUCGUCCUCGUCUACUGCACCGCCGGAAUCUCAGGUGGACACAUUAAUCCGGCGGUGACAUUUGGGCUGUUUCUGGCGAGGAAGGUGUCGCUGAUCAGAGCCGUCGGGUACAUGGUAGCGCAGUGUGCCGGAGCAAUCGUCGGCGUUGGGUUGGUUAAGGCGUUUAUGAAGCACGAUUAUAACGGCCACGGCGGCGGAGCUAACUCCGUUCAGUCUGGUUACAGUAGGGGUACGGCUCUUGGCGCUGAGAUCAUCGGAACUUUUGUUCUUGUUUACACUGUUUUCUCUGCUACCGAUCCCAAGAGAAGCGCGCGUGACUCUCACAUUCCGGUUUUGGCGCCAUUGCCGAUUGGAUUUGCGGUGUUUAUGGUUCAUUUGGCCACCAUUCCCAUCACCGGAACCGGAAUUAACCCGGCGAGAAGCUUCGGCGCCGCCGUGAUUUACAACAGUGAAAAAGCCUGGAACGACCAUUGGAUCUUCUGGGUCGGUCCGUUCGUCGGAGCACUGGCGGCGGCUGCGUACCACCAGUAUAUUCUCCGGGCAGCCGCCAUUAAAGCUUUGGGAUCAUUCCGCAGCAACCCCACCAAUUGAGAUGAAGAAGAAGAAGAAGAACAUGUUUUAAAUUAUUCGUUAUUAUUUGUUUGGGUUUUGUGUUUAAUUUAAUUUUUAAUCUUUGUUUCUUAGUUUUAAUUUUUGGGAUUUGUAAUAUUUAUGUUUUGUUCAUGAGAAGAUUCUAGUGGUUGUUGGCCUUCAAUUUGUC